UUGCUCGGGUAUUGUGUCAAAGGAUAUCUGUUGAAGUUCAUUGUUUUUGUUUAAAAUAAAAAUAUCUUUAAAAUAGUUCUUUACGGAAUCAAUCAGGUUUCAGUACCUUUGCAAAAUGAGCAGCAUAGUGGAAUAUUAUUCUGAUCAUGGGGGUAAUAGAUGCGGCUAUUGCGGUAGUCCCAAUACUAAUUUUAGCCAUGGCAUGUGGGCACACACAAUGACUGUAAAAGACUAUCAGGAUUUAAUAGAUCGUGGCUGGAGGCGCUCAGGCAAAUAUUGUUACAAGCCUACUAUGGAUGUUACAUGUUGUCCUAUGUAUACAAUUAGGUGCAGAAUACUUGAAUUCAAAGCAACAAAAUCACAAAAGAAGACAUUGAAACGAUUUAACAAAUUUAUAGCAGGAAAUGAAGCUGAAAGUUUAAAGGAAAAUUUGGGACGAAAAAUGUCCACAGGUAGUGGUAACAGUGAUGAGGAACAAUUGGUAGAAGGGAGGGAACAUUAUGUUGAAAGUGCUAGAGAGCACCAGAAUAUAGAUAUCUCUAAUAUUAAGAAUACUCCAUUACAAGAAUGUGAUGAUGAAAUUCAACCAUCUUCUAGUAUUGUUUCAGGUGAGCAAUAUUCAGAUAGUACAUCAAAAUCUAAAUGUGGCCCAGCAUCUUUAAAAUCUCAAAAAGAUGUAGGACAAGAUCCUUCUAAGCCACCAUGCAAAAAGGCCAAACAAUUGAGGCUCGAGAGGAAGUUACAAAAACUGAAGGAAAAAGGUGUUGAUGUUACUAAUCUGACGAAUCAAUCUAAAAAUAAGGAAAAGCAAUUGGAAGAAUUUAUAAAUGACUUGCCAAAGGAUGUUAGACAUAAGUUAGAGAUAAAACUAGUUCGCACGAAUCCACCGAGUCCUGAAUUCAUAGCAACAGCAAAAGAGACGCAUAGAGUUUAUGUUAAAUAUCAAACAGUGAUACAUAAUGACAAAAUCGAAAAAUGUACAGAACCAAAAUUCAGAGACUUUCUAGUCCAAAGUCCAUUAAUUGAAGAGUACAGAGACGAAGGACCAACAUGCGGAUACGGCUCGUUCCACCAGCAGUACUGGUUAGACGGCAACAUCAUCGCAGUGGGCGUCAUCGACAUACUGCCCAAGUGUGUUUCUUCAGUCUACUUUUUCUACGACCCUGCUUUUAUGAAUUUGACACUCGGCACUUAUGGUGCUUUGAGAGAGAUUGAGUUCACGAGGUAUUUGAACAAAUCUACGCCAGAACUUCAGUAUUACUACAUGGGGUAUUACAUACAUUCGUGUAAGAAAAUGAGGUACAAAGGCAACUUCUUCCCGUCAGACUUACUAUGUCCAGAGACCUACAAAUGGUUUCUAUUAUCGGAAUGCAUACCUAAACUAGAAAUUUCUCCUUACUCGAGACUGAAUCCCGACGUAGACAGUAUUGACGAGAACCUACCCAAUGAGACAGAUUUGAAUUACAUGCCCAUUUGGCACAAAGAAGCGGUAAUGCUAUAUAAAAUCUACAAAAGAAAAUAUAACAAGAAAAAUGAAAAUAUCGAAGAACUCAUGGAUUACGCUCGGUUUGUUGGAAAGAAAUCGAUGAAGAGUAUAAUUCUAUUUAGGUAGUUUAAAUAAAAAGCUUUUAACGCUGUUUUACUAAGAAGAUAUACUAACCCAAAACUGUAUUGAUUUUAUUUUAAACAAAGUAUAACAAUUGUAACAUGAAGUUUGUACUUCUUUUUAUUUAGUAUAGUUGAUUGUAAAUAUAUAUUUCACUGAUUUUGUCUGAUGUUCUCGAGUCAGUAUUAUUUAAUAUUUAAACAAAAGGGUUCUUACGUUAAGCUUUUUUUGUAAUGGUAUUUGUACGAUUCUUUAUAACUGAUCAGUAGUAAAACCUACAGUUUAUUUCCGCAUUUAUGCAGGUGCUUCCACACAUACAGCACACAUUUGAGAAUCACAGUGUCUUCAGCUUAGGCUAUCUCGUCUUUAUAUUUUCUGCAUGAGAUUAUGUGUAAGCGAUCUUUUACUUAUGUAAACGGACAUAUUUCAUUUCAGUGUCAUACCCAUCGUCGCUUGGCGUGGACCAACAUUAUCAUUGCCAUCCCCUAGUUUGUGUAGCCAUCUACUUUGUUUCUCACAGCCGGAAAAUCAAAAAGAUUUUCCGUCGAUUUUCAAUUUAUUAUUCUUAAUUUAUGUCUUAAAUCAAUCCUGAAUAGUUUCUCUACAAACUUAUCUAUAUAUUCGAUGUGUAAAUUAAAAACCAAUACUAGAUAUGAUAAAUCGCAAAAUAGGAUAUUUUUUUAACCCCUGGUAGAAAUCAUCCACUUGCAUAGACGAAGGGAUAAGUAAUGAUAAUAUUGAAGAAUAUUGAAAGACGUUAACUUUCAAUCGUAUUUCACGGGCGAAAAGAAAUAGUUUCUUUAUAAAAGACUGAUCGAAAGCCAGUUUGAGAUGGUGUAAUGAACCAAUAAAGGCUGAUUAAAACAUCUAUAAUGUUAUUACUUAUCUGUUUUUGUUGUGAUACCACCUUAAGUGUGUAAGUAUUUAGACUUACAAUAUGCUUUUCAUAAUAUGUUUUAUAGGUAUGUUCAUACUAAACCUUAGUGGGAAUUUUUCUUUGAUAAUAAUAGUCAAUGCUUAUUAUAAAAUAUAUUGUUUUUUAGGCUGUAACUAGUUCAUAACUAUUUAUAAUAACCUGUACCAUUAAAAAGUGUGC